GCGCGAGCUACUGUAGACACCUCACAGGUGACAUGCAUUUCGCCCGAGAACACGUCUAGUCAGCGGUUUGGAAAAAGCUGAAGAAGAGUGUCUACUGCAGUCAUAAUGGAGCAGAAGAAGAGAAUCUGGCCCAAGUUAAAUAUGAAUAUUGGAAAAAAGGGGAAAAAGAAAAAGACACCUCUGAAAUACAGGAGGAGCAUAUCUGUACCAGACCUCAGGGUUCGGUCGCAGGAGAUGCUGGCUUUGGAUGAGUCCAGGCCACCUGAUCAAGACACCGUCUUCUUUGUAAACCACGUGGUUCGAGGUGACCUUGAUGAAACGGGGAGUGAAACCUCCAGUCUUGGUUUUUCUGACCAUAUGCCGUACUCGUGCAGCCCAGCACCAUCAGAAAGAUGGAUUCCUGUGGACUUCCCAGUAUCAGUGGAGAGCGCAACUGAUAAAAAGUCAGAACGGCCAAGAACCACUAUGUGGUAUGUGAGUGAUUCAGAUACAGACAGGGCAUCACCUGCUCUGAGACUCAAAGACCCAUCGGAUAAAGUGACUUCAGCCAUCAUUAGAGCCGGUGCAGGCAGACAAACACCUUUGGGGAGUGAAAUGUCUGCACUGGCCACUACAGAGUCAUUCAGCACUGGUGAGGAGCAAAUGUAUUGUCCCGCUGAGCAAGAGCCGAAGUCUCCGUCAGAAAUGUUCGUCAUAGGGUCUGCUGAGGACAUGGCAUAUGACACUCCAAAUGAAUCCAGUGACUUUGAUGUCUUCUUAUCAGAACAAGAUGAGCAGAAAGGCUCAGCAGGAUUGAGUGACAGCCACAUUUUUCUGCCACAGCAGAAGGUCCAGUAUCUUCUCACUAUCAACCUGAAGGAGGGCAGGAAUCUGGUCAUUAGAGAUCGCUCAGGUACCAGUGACCCAUUUGUCAAAUUCAAACUGGAUGGCAAAAACAUCUACAAAAGCAAAGUGGUGACCAAGAAUCUGAAUCCCAUCUGGAAUGAAUCAUUUUCCUUUCCCAUCAGAGACCUAGAUCAGACUGUUCAUGUCAAGGUAUACGAUCGUGACCUACGGUCCAAUGACUUCAUGGGCUCCAGCAGCUUUGCUGUCUGUAAACUAGAGUUGGACCGAACGGUUCUAUUAACACUGAGUUUGGAGGAUCGCAACAGUGUGGAGGAUGAUAUGGGAAUGAUUGUUUUAGAGUCCUGCCUGUCCCUCCGAGAGGAACCUGCCAAACGAAAUAAGUGGCUACUGAAAAGAAAGGGAAGUUUUAACAAGGCGAUCAGCCCGACGCAGGUUGGACGGCUCACGGGUGGACAGAGAAGUCAGGUCUGGAGUGGCGUUUACUCUGUCAUCCUGGUCGAAGGGCAGGAUAUUCCCGACUCCGGUCAAGGAGACAUCUACGUGCGCUUCAGAGUAGGAGACCAGAGGGUUAGGAGUAAGAAUCUGUGUAUUAAGGCAAACCCGCAGUGGAGAGAGUCGUUCGACUUUAACCAGUUCCAGGAUUCACAGGACAAUCUGGUGGUUGAGGUCUGUUGCAAGAGGGGCAGAAAAUCUGAAGAAUGCUGGGGAAUGCUGGACAUUGAACUGGCCAGACUUCCUAUCGAUCAGAGGCAGUUAUAUACUCGUGUGCUGGACCCAGGCAAGGGUCGACUUGUGUUCCUGGUCACACUGACCCCAUGUUCUGGUGCGUCCAUCUCAGACCAGCAAUCUGCUCCAUUAGAGAAUCCCAAGACCUACCAGAAGAUGAUUGAACAAUAUAGUUUGACAAACACUCUGGGAGAUUUGAAGAGCGUUGGCUAUCUUCAAGUCAAGUUGAUAAAGGCCACAGAUCUUCCAUCAACAGAUUUAAGUGGGAAAAGUGACCCCUUCUGUAUCCUUGAGCUUGGCAAUAGCAAACUGCAAUCCCACACGAUAUUCAAAACACUGAAUCCUGAAUGGGGAACAGCUCUGACAUUCCCAAUUAAGGACAUCCAUGAUGUUUUGGUGUUGACAAUCUAUCAUGAGGAUGGGGACAAAGCUCCAGACUUCCUGGGAAAAGUUGCCAUUCCUUUGCUGAGUAUUUCUGAUGGUCAGCAAAUCACCAGAAUGUUGAAGAAUAAAAAUCUAUCCAGUGCAGCCAAAGGAAGCAUCACACUGGAGCUGCAUGUGAUCUACAAUCCAGUCAGAGCAGGCAUUAAAACCUUCCAUUCUAAAGAAACAAAGUUUGCAGAGGACAACCCAAAGUUUAACAAAAAGCUUUUAGCACGUAAUAUCUAUCGAGUGAGGAAGAUCAGCACGGCCAUUCUCUAUACGCUGCAGUAUAUUAAAAGCUGCUUCCAAUGGGAGAACAAGCAGAGGAGUAUUAUAGCCUUCCUGAUAUUUGUGGUGUCAGUGUGGCUUUGGGAGCUGUUCAUGUUGCCUCUCUUCCUCCUCCUGCUCAUUGGCUGGAACUACUUUCACAUCACACCCGGCAUGGCCAGCUACAGUCAGGACUUGGAGAACAUGUCCGUGGUUGAGGACGAAGACGAGGAUGAAAAGGAAUCAGAGAAAAGGGGACUGAUGGAAAAAAUCCACAUGGUUCAAGAAAUUGUGCUUACAGUUCAAAACACUUUAGAUGAAGUGGCCUGCUUUGGGGAAAGAGUGAAAAACACAUUCAACUGGUCUGUACCGUUCUUGUCUUUCCUGGCCUGCCUGGUUCUGUUUGUGACCACUACUGCCCUAUACUUCGUCCCGCUGCGGUACAUAGUUUUACUGUGGGGUGUUAACAAAUUUACCAAGAAGCUUCGCAGCCCAUAUGCCAUUGACAAUAAUGAAAUACUGGAUUAUCUCAAGAGGGUCCCUUCUGAUGUUCAAAAGGUGCAGUACAGCGAGCUGAGAGCCGAGCUCGGCAACCAGGGCCCGGUGAAAAAGAAACGCUUGCGCUGAAGCCCGGCGGACGUGUCGGAUGAAAGGGACGGUCGACGUUUCAAGACACGGUCUGUUUAAGUCAUAAUGCCCCGUGCGAGUGGAACAGACCCUUGUACGAAACCAUCCGUGUUUCCACGAAGGUGUAUUCUUUUGACUUUGUGCUUGUGUGUGUGUGUAUGAGAGAGAGAGUGAGAGAGAGGGGCCCCUUAUGACGGGGCCUUUGGCCCACACUGACUCACGUGGUCACAGCGUCUGAGCGCAUGAUGGUAAAGUCGGACUCUGCAUGUGGUCGGACUGGAACACAAAGAAAUACCAGCAAACAAAUGACUUGUGCUGUACUGUUCAUAUAUUAAUGUCUUUUUAGGGACCACAUUCUGGUUCAUUUAGCAAAAGAAAAACGAUCCACAUAACAAAUAGCACGAAACAUGCUUCCUGUAGUUUGUGUGUACAGCAGGAUCUUCAAAUGAGGGUGAAAUAUUUACUAUAUAUUUCAUGUAAAAGAUGAUUCUAAUAUUCAAGUAGUCAAUAGUCAAUCAUUAAAUGUAAUUUAUUAUAAUAAUUUUAUUGUAAACGGAGCCUAGCAUGUUUGAUUUCCUAUCAAUUUAAUAUUUAUGUAGCAGAUAACAAUAAAAUAA